AUCCAUUCAGACUUGGAAAGCCGUGCUUCAUCGUUUCUCCCUUGAUUCCCAGAACUUCCCCCAAAUUUCCUAUUUCUUCCUCUUACUCAAUUCCGAUUUCAUUUUUCUCGAUUCGAUGGGUAUCGACGGAAAAGAUGAAGAAUCCGUCACCCAGUUGCCUGUCAAAUCCCGACUACGGUACAAUUCGCCCUUGGUCCAAGUGACCCUCAUUGGGGUGGUCUGUUUCUGUUGCCCUGGCAUGUUCAACGCACUGUCCGGAAUGGGUGGAGGCGGCCAGGUCGACCACACCGUUGCCAACAACGCCAACACCGCUCUCUACACCACUUUCGCCAUCUUCGGCAUCCUCGGUGGCGGGAUUUAUAAUGUCCUCGGACCCCAUCUCACCCUCGCCGCCGGUUGUAGUACCUACGUUCUCUAUGCCGGUUCCUUCCUUUACUAUAAUCACCAUAAGCACCAGGCCUUCGCUGUUGUUGCCGGUGCCCUUCUCGGUAUGGGCGCCGGACUCCUAUGGGCAGCUGAGGGCGCCAUCAUGACCUCAUACCCACCUCCGAAUCGUAAGGGAACCUACAUCGCCCUAUUCUGGAGCAUCUUCAACAUGGGCGGCGUCAUCGGAGGACUAAUUCCCUUCAUCCUCAAUUACCAUCGCUCCGAAGCGGUUUCCGUAAACGACGCCACAUACAUCGGAUUCAUGUGUUUCAUGACGGUGGGGACACUGCUUUCCCUCGCCAUUCUGCCGCCCAUUAAGGUAAUUCGCGAGGACGGGACUAGGUGUACCAACAUCAAAUACUCCAGUGCCUUCACGGAGGUGCGGGAGAUUAUCAAAUUGUUCCUCAAUUGGAAGAUGCUCCUCAUUGUCCCCGCCGCCUGGGCGAGCAAUUUCUUCUACACCUACCAAUUCAACAACGUAAACGCCCUCCUCUUCAAUCUCAGAACCAGAGGCCUAAACAAUGUCUUCUACUGGGGAGCGCAGAUGUUGGGUUCUGUUGCGAUUGGGUACAUAAUGGAUUUCAGUUUCAAGAGCAGGAGAAUGAGGGGUUUUGUUGGGAUUGCCGUUGUUACCGUGAUCGGCACCGGCAUCUGGGGCGGUGGUCUUGCAAAGCAGCUCACUUACUCAUUGAGUGACCUGCCUCAGCCGCUUGAUUUCAAGGAUUCUGGAAAAACUUUUGCAGGCCCCUUUGUCUUGUACUUCAGUUACGGAUUGCUGGAUGCCAUGUUCCAGAGCAUGGUUUAUUGGGUAAUCGGAGCCUUAGCUGAUGAUUCCGAGACACUCAGCAGAUACAGUGGAUUCUACAAGGGAAUACAGAGUGCAGGGGCAGCGGUUGCUUGGCAAGUAGACACCCACAAGGUUCGCCUACUUUCUCAGUUGAUAGUGAAUUGGUCGCUGAUGACUGUGAGUUAUCCAUUGUUGAUGCUUCUGGUGAUGCUGGCUGUUAAGGAUGAGAACAAAACUAAAGAAGAAACUCCCAAGGAUGUUUCUCUUUCGCCUACAGACGAAACCAGUAUUGCUAAGUAAACUCAGUAAUUAUCGAUUGCCUUCUAUUGAAUUUGCUUCCUCCCACAAUGGAUUCUGUAGCUUUUAGAUAAUUGGAAGUGCAUCCUUUUGAACUUGUCUUGCAUACGUUGAUACUGCGCCAUCCUUCAACCCAUUUGAAGAAAAUCAAAGUUCAAUGCUUUCUGAAGAAUGUUCUCUUCUCAUGUAGUACUAAAUUCAGUUCUAUGCAAGGUAAGUUGUCCACAACAAAUAUAAUUCUCUAGUACUC